CUACCUCCGACGAACAAUAUGAAUCGACAUCAUUUAGUGCCAGGUGGACUCUAAUCAUGGAAUUGAACAGGUUGCGGGCUUCUCACUACGUAAACACCAAGCAACUUACAAGAGCUUCGCAAUGCUUCAUACCACAACGAUGAACAUAUGACCUUGCUGAAAUUUUGCAUUUACCGCCCUUCUCACCAUGACUGAUCUUACGCCCGUCUUCAAUGGCUUCCUUAGACAGCAUGAAGCUUCUGUUGCGACACGGAGCUUUAGCUUGGAUAAUCUAGAUGAUUUCUUGAAGGAAGCCUAUAGAAUAAAUUCCCAUAUCACCUCUCUUCACGCCGACCUCAGGAGCAUUAGACAAUCGUAUCUCUCGACCGCCCAACCGCGAAGAACAUUAAUUCGGUCAGCGCAAAAAGAUAAACAGUCGCGGCCGCUUUCAGACCGAGAGCGCGAGGAGAUAGAUGCGAAUUCCAAGAAAAUGCUGCGGGAGCUCAAUGCGAGCAUCCGUCGUCUAGCAGAUGUCGAACAAGCGCGGUCAGAGAUCGAAUCUAGGGUAAUCCAGAAGAAAUUCGCUCGCGGGUUAGGUGCAUUAGGGGCAUGGGCAGCAGGUGGGAUGGCGAUCAGCAAAUCUCCCGAGCAUACUGCGGCGGAAGAACGCGCGAAGACUAUCAGCACGCAUCGAGAUAGCGUCCUAUGGCUUCUACGGCAUCGACUUCAAGAAUGUGUCCAGACACAACAAAAUAUGAUGGAGAUACGGUUAAUGAGAGAGAUGGAGAAGAAUAGAAGUGUGCUGGCCAAAUCGCGAAGACAGGAAGCUCCGUUGGCUGUUGUGGGGAAUAUGCACGAGACUGGAGGUGCAGCAGAAUCGAAAAGGAGGGCAAGUCAACCAUUACCUCCUGAAGAAUCACCGUCCCACGCACCAACAGGAGAUUUGACUGAGGAACAAAUACAAAUGUUCGAGAAAGACAACCAAGAUAUGCUUAAACAUUACGAAAGCACAUUGGAUCAAGUCAGAACUGCGGAAAAGUCAUUGCUUGAAAUAUCGGAGCUGCAAACACAACUCAUCGACACGUUGACAACUCAAUCGGCGGGCAUUGAGCAACUGGUAGCCGACUCUGAAAAGACGACGGAGAAUAUCGGCGGAGGAAACAGACAGCUGAAGCAAGCGACUCAGAAGGGCAGCCCGGCCAAGUAUACGUUUUUUGCGACUUGCGGGUUGUGCGCAUUCUUGAUUGUAUGGGAUUUGGUUAUAUGAAAAGGAGUAUCGAUAAUUCUUUGAUCUGCUUAACUGCCUUAUAAGCGGGUAUUGUAAUAGUAAUACGCGGAAAAGAGAGUAUAAUGCAAUUUUGCAUGUGAAGAGACGAGGGUCACGGAAUAUACAUACAUCACAUGCCAAGUUACCCAUUGCAGUAUUUAACUUACUACCUGUGUAUGAAAAGUAGGAAGUUGAACAUGCCGGACAUGGUCUAUGUAAUUGAAGAAUAUAAUUGAAUUGGCAAUAGAACACAAUCGGAAUUGAGACUAGAAGAUGAGCUCUGUAGGCUUUAGAAUAGAAUUUCCAAAGUGGUAAG